AAUAAUGAAAAUGUUUCAGUGAAUAGUGAAGUUAAUGCUCGUCGCAUCGCAAAUGUUGAAGCUUGCUUUGGAAGUAGCGGACAACCGCUUGCUGCAUAUGGACGUGUACUUGUCGGUGAAGGAGUUUUGGUUAAAAUCUGCAGGAAAAAGCCAAAACCGCGCCAAUUUUUUUUAUUUAAUGAUAUACUGGUAUAUGGAAAUAUUCUAAUAUCUAAAAAGCGAUACAAUAAACAGCAUGUGAUUCCUUUGGAAGAAGUUCAAUUACAAGAUUUGGAGGACGACGGAGAAAUGCGAAAUGGAUGGGUAUUAAAAACUCGUUUAAAGUCAUUUGCUGUUUUUGCAGCAACCAGUACGGAAAAGAAGGAAUGGAUGUUGCACAUCGAACGUUGUGUUCAAGACAUUCUACGGAACAGUGGUAAAAAAGCCGCAACCGAGCAUGCGGCAGUUUGGAUUCCGGAUGGUGAAGCUUCGAAAUGUAUGAAUUGCAACAAAACUCAAUUCACUGUGUUACAACGUCGGCAUCAUUGUCGGGCAUGUGGCAAUGUUGUAUGUGCUGCCUGUUCAACCCACAAUUACCGCAUAUCUGGUUUGAAUAAAAGACCUGUUCGUGUUUGUGAUACGUGUUUUACAAGAUAUACACUGGCUGAAUCAGAAAAGAAAAAUGCUAUUAAUGAGUCGAGUGACUCUGAUGAAGAAGAAAAGAAUGUUUCAUAUAACCAAGAGGUUCGUAAUUUUUCAACUAUUCUUUGUUUUUAA